CUUCCGCCGCAUCGAACACCUUGCUCAUCUUGACGGAUCGCAAAGCUCAGCUAUCCGAUUGAGAAUGAGACACAAUGAAAAGAGAAGAAUGCGGAGAGAGAAAGAGAGGAGGAGGCAGAAGAAGAGGAGAAGUGAGGAGAAAAAGCAGCGUAGCCAAGGAGUGAAAGUCGGACCGGCAUGCAGUCGCAGGCCAAGCAAUGCAAUGUCCAGACCCCCAUUUUAGUAACCGAGCAGGAAGCUGAUCGGCUUAUUGA